GUUUGUAAUAAAAUAAUAUCUUCGCUACAUACACCUCGCUACUGUCUCACAUCUUAUUUUAUAUAGCCCAAGAUCUACCUGUAGCAAUGAUUCUAGCCAAGUUGCCCUUCGCCAUACAUGCCCUUGUCGAGACAGCGGCGGCUCUAUCGUUCAUAUUCAAUCCAGAAAAGCAACUUCCUGGAUGUAACACGGCCGCAAAGCUCAUCCUGCGCCAGUACGGCGGCUUACUGCUAUCAACCAAUCUCAUCUGCCUUGUUAUUCUCUCCGAACCUAACUUCACUGAUACAACUCGCCUACUCGCAGCCGCGUUAGGAACAUAUCACAUCUGGCCAUGCUAUCGAGCUUAUGUUCGUAUUAGUCAAAAUAUAGAGGGAACAGGCAAGGGAAAGCCAGUUUUAGGCGGUCCUCUAUUGCAUUUGAUAGUCCACCUGGCCUGUUUUGGAAUGUUUAUAUGGACUUCUUGUGUCUCCUGAAAGACGCCCGGCAACAAUUCGCUCAUCACAAUGC